AUGGUGAGUCCUCACGCAGAUGCAUCGAAUUUUUCCGCCUCGUUAAGCAAAAGAGAAGCAUACGACCAACUUCUCGGCUCGCUGGAGGCUCUACUCGAAGGUCAACGGAACUGGGUCGCCAACACCGCCAACACGGCGUCGUUAUUGUGGCACCUAUACCAUUCCCUGCCGGCACCGUCGGCGUCGGUGAACUGGAGCGGGUUCUACGUUCUCGAUCCGGCAGACCCUGAAAACCAACUCAUUCUCGGGCCCUUUAUGGGCAAAGUUGCAUGUCAGACGAUACGGAUCGGUAAAGGCGUGUGUGGUGCUGCCGCCGAAAACGAGGGGAGGACCGUCUUGGUCAAAGACGUCGAGGAGUUUCCCGGGCACAUCGCGUGCGACGGUGAUAGUCGAAGUGAGAUUGUGGUUCCAAUAAAGAGUGGUGGCAAGGUUGUCGGUGUUAUUGAUAUCGACUGUGCCGAAGUCAGCGGAUUCGAUGGCGAGGACCAGACAGGGCUGGAGAAAAUCGCUGAUCUGCUCGGCAAAUCGUGUGACUGGUAG